AUGACAAGAACGUCACUAGAUUUGCAACCGGCUGUCAGCAUAUACAGGUAUGAAUUCGAGGUUUUCUGCAAUUUCGUCACGUCGACAUGUGGGCAGUCCAAAGGUUGCUUCAUCCCUUCUGAUCCGGAAUGCUAUCAAGGAUGUAAUGGAAUGAAAUACUCUUGGCUCCAAAUUGACAGAAAUCUCAUGCAAAUCGAACUCGCUGUGGAUAACCCUGACACAUCUGAAGGUUUCUAUGUAGCUGUGGGCUUCUCUGAGGAUGAUCUCAUGGGUGACGACAGCGUUAUCGAAUGCUCAAUGCUUGGCGGCGGUCCAUUGUCCUUGAAAUUGUCCUACAACAUCAAUUCCACUACGGAUCCCAGCACCAAUGGCGUACCGACUAAUCGAAGGCAGUUCAAAGCAGGAUCAGAGUUCUUCUUGAACUCAACCACAACCAAUACUGAUGGGCAUGUAUACUGUAGUGCAGCACUCAAUGUCACAGCCGCUGCAGAGGCUGGACUACUUCGGAUCAACUUUACUCAGCCUUACUACUUGCUGAUGGCUAAUGGACCUACCACUGACACCGGUAAGCACGAUAUUAAUAAUAGAUAG